AUGUCUGUGCUCAAUGACAGCCACUACCAGCCACCCUUCUUCCUUCUUUCGGGGAUCCCAGGAUUUGAGGAUGCUCAUAUCUGGAUCUCCAUUCCAUUAAGCAUCAUGUAUGUGAUUGCCAUCUUGGGGAACAGUAUCAUCAUUCACAUAAUACACAAGAAUCCCAGCCUUCAUGAGCCUCAGUAUGUAUUCUUGUCUAUGUUGGAAGCCACUGACACAGGCAUGUCAGCCUCUACACUGCCCACUGUACUUAAUGUCUUUCUUUUCAACCACCGAGAGAUUGAGUUCCAUGGCUGCUUGGCACAAAUGUUCUUUAUCCACACCUUCUCUUCCAUGGAGUCAGCCAUUUUGCUGGCUAUGGCCUUUGACCGCUUUGUGGCCAUACACAACCCACUUCGCUACACUGUGAUUCUGACCCGCUCCCGCAUUGCUCAGAUGGGAAUGGCUGCUACCGCUCGAGGAGUGGCACUGAUGGCCCCCUUGCCCAUCUUGCUCAAACGGCUUCCCUUCUGUAAGAACAUUGUCCUGUCCCACUCUUUCUGCUUCCACCCUGAUGUGAUGAAGCUAGCGUGUGGGUCUAUUCGCAUCAAUAUCAUCUAUGGGCUGGCGUUGGUCCUCUGUUCCUUUGGUGUUGACUCUAUAUUUAUUGUUCUGUCUUAUGCUUUAAUCUUGAAGACAGUCCUGGGCAUUGCUUCCAGGGAAGGACGUCUUAAGGCACUCAACACGUGUGUCUCCCACGUUCUCACUGUCCUCAUUUUCUAUGUUCCACUCAUCGCCUUAGCCCUAAUCCACAGGAUAGGCAGGUACCACUCCCCUCUCCCCCAUGUUACCAUGUCCAAUAUUUUCCUCUUCCUCACACCAGUGCUCAACCCAUUGGUAUAUAGUAUGAAAACAAAACAGAUUAGAAGUGCACUGCAUAGAUUGUUUGCAUUUAAGAGAGCAUGA